AUGCAUAACACAAUUUUCAUUCCAAAAUCAUUCUAUUGUCGACAUUCAAGAAUACUAAGUGUUAUAAUAUGGUUUGUGUUUGGUAUCAUCGUUGGAGUAUAUAUCGGUUAUGAUAAAAAUCCACAUUUUUCAUCAACUAAUGAUCCAAGAGACAAUAAUUUCAUCUUUAUAGGUGGACAUGAAAGUACUGGAACCGGUUUAAUGAGAAUUCUACUUGAUGUUCAUCCAUUAGUACGAUGUGGUCCUGAACCAGUGAUUACAACACCUUUACUCCGUUUGAAAAAGUUAUCCGAAAGUAAUAUGUAUCAACUUGAAGCUGCUGGUAUCUAUUCAACUGUAUUCAAUCGAGCUAUAGCUGCAUUCAUCAGUGAAAUUAUCAUUAAUAUGGGUCAAUCAGCUGAACAUUUAUGCCAUAAACAACCAUUUUCAUUUUAUUAUUUAAAAUAUUUACAUGAAAUAUUUCCAAAAGCAAAAUUUAUUCAUAUGACACGUGAUGGUCGUGCAGCAAUUGCCUCUUCCAUUAGACGAAAAGUUAAUCCAUUAUACAUUCCUAAUAAACCAUAUAAAGCAUUCACUUAUUGGGAGGAUUUAACAACAAUAAUAUUGAAAGAAUGUAUAAAGAUUGGUUCAUCCCAAUGUAUAACUGUACGUUAUGAAGAUUUAAUUUUAAAUACACAGAAUGAAGUACAAAGAGUGUUGAGUUUUCUUGGCUUACCUUGGGAUCCAGUAGUGCUGAAACAUGAAACUGUGAUUAAAAAAGUUUCCAAUCUGAGUCCAUAUGAAGCAAGUUCAAAACAAGUCAUCAAUAAAAUUCAUGAAAACUCUUUAUUAUCAUGGGCAAAUAAUGAUUCAAUUCUACCAAGACAAUUAGUGGAAACAAUUCAUUUGAAUAGUAAACUUCUGCACAAAUUAGGAUAUGCUCAACUUGGUUUUCCACCGAAUUAUUCUUUAUUGAAACCGAUUGAAAAUUCUAUGAAACUGUAA